AAGUGUUACAAGCCUAUAUAAUAUCAAUUUAUUAAUAAUUAUACAUGUAGACAAAUGAAAUUUUAGUAAUUGCUCAAACGAUAACUAAACACUUAGUUAUAAGUAGAGAGGUGACAUUAAUUUUAAACAUUAAAGUAUUAAUAAUAAUUUCCAAUGAAAGAAUUAUGAAAUAAAGAAACUAGUUUGUUGCAAGUUUUAUCAUUACUCUUAUUCACACGCACGAUGCGUGGUGGCGAGUUACUUGAUUUACAUCACGUACCUACUAUCAAUAGUAGACGGAUGUCGGACCCUAAUGGACAAUGGUCACUACUACUACGCCAUGUCUGGACCCACAUAGGGUCAUGAGAUUGAACUAUUACACAAUUGAAGACCUCUUAUCUUGUGACCAAGAUUCUAAAUAACUUCUUGAAUAAUUUUGUGUAUCUAUUCAUGGUUAAAAAGUUUGCCAUUUGAAUAUUUAGUCUUCAUUUCUUUUUUCUAUAAAUCAUACACUCGUUUUUAUGUGUUUCUUCACUGCUGAUCUUGAGUACUACCUCCAGCAGCUUCUAUUUGUGGAAUUGCGAGAACAGUCAAUGAUUGCUCGUCAAGUUCGUAAAUGAUCAUCGAAUCUCCGGAAAGAAAUGAUUUUAUUGAAGUUAAUGCCAGAAAUUGAUAUUUAUUUAUGUUGUUGUUCAUUCUGAAUUUUAGUGCUUCAGUUUUCGUAUUCUAGUGUUCCAAGGAAACUUCACAAAACUGUAACUUGCAUUUAAUAUAUUUUAAGGAUAAAUAAUUACAAAGUACCGGUCAGUUAUCCGCGUGUUAUUGCAGUACCUACCUACAAUUGACACGCGGAUAAAUCCUGUUUGAACCGAAAGCUUCCAAUGAAUUGUUCGCUCCAUUAACCGUCUUUUAAUUGGAGUGCGACGACGACUGUCCUCUCAAGUCUCAGUUUACGUUGAGACGCUGACAGACGUGAACUGAUUACAGCCACUCAUACAUUAGUGACAAGUUUAUAUUAUAUUUUCAGUAUUAUUGGUUUUAUUUGAAUAUAACAUUGUUUACACGGCGUUCAGUCAGCUGAACUAAUAUUGUGGUGCACUCGGUUAACAGCCCCGGCCACAGUCGUUACUCAGUCAGGCGGCUACCCGCUCGCUCCUUACGCUUUUGCGCUCCACCACACGGUCUGUGAAGUGAUUAAUAGUGUACGAAUAUGACAGAAAUCGCAGUGAAACAUGAUCGGAUACGCCUCCCUUUACGUAUGUCCUCCUUUUACGAACUGUACAAAAGGUUCUUAAAAGACCACGGCUGCAAGUGGCACGAUGUGGCCAAACUCCUCAACGUGGUUGCGGAGAUCCUUUUCGAUGUUGACGGCGCGUGUACUAAAAUUGCGGGCAAGGUCAGUGUCACAGUUAGUCUUCGGGUGUUAUGCGACGAAAAUGCGCGUGCGGCGGCACCUCGGAGUGCGCGGGAGGGCGCUCCCACGGGUUGCCGAUAUUUUUAG